UCAAAGCCGUACGGCCCUGCUCACGCCRUUUUCCCGAAGGUUUUAUCAAGAGCGUGCGCCCGGGCAGAUACGGGUCAUAUGAUAAACUACAAUAUCCUAUAAUACAAUGCAAUACCCUUUAAUGUACUAUCAAUACCCCGUAAUACACUGCAAUACCCUGUAAUAACCUACAAUACCUUGUAAUACACUGUAUUACCAUGGUAUACACUACAAUACCCUGUAUACACGUCAUACACUUCAAUACCCUGUACCACCCUACAAUACCCUGUAAUACACUGCAAUACCCUGUAAUGCACUACAAUACAAUGUACACUACAAUACCAUGUAAAUGCAAUACACUACAAUACCCAGUAAUACACUUCAAUACCAUGGUAUACACUACAAUACCAUGCAACACUCUCCAUACCCUGUAA